AUGACUAUGCCAAGUGAGAUUCCCGUUGUCGACGUUCGCGACGCAGAGAUCGAUUUCGAUGAUGCCGAGGAGCGGGCUCACGAGUUCCGCCUCGCCCUCAACGACCCAGAUCGCCUCGCUGACGCGUUGGCAGGGCUUACCAAGCCCGCGGCUUUCUCCAACAUUGCUAAGUUUGUGCGUGAGCCGAAGGAGACGGAUGAUCCGGACAAGCUUUUCUUACGGUGCAUUCCAAACCAUGAAUGGCUCGAUCUGCGAAAGCAGAAUCCAUACAGUCGAUGGACCAUGCUCUAUGAAUUGUGGCACGAAGAGCGUGGAGUUCGAGUCCAAGAUGAUCGCACCGCCACGGGUCCACUUGUUCAGGUCUCGAUGCUCUGGGGCCAAGGCCUCAGUCAGAUACUGCAGAGGGUCGAUGUGAUCCUCCGGAAGUGUUUGCAUCAUGAUCGUCGCCCGAAAGGGUUUGACAUUUUCAUCUCGUGGACGGGGAACGACGUCUACGGCAAGUGGGGCUACAAGAAUUUCACGUGGCACCACCAGUCACCCUGGGUGAAAGAAACGGCCGAGAUGGCCAAAAAGGCAUAUGAGUGGCCUAUCAAACAGCUCAAACAGGUCCAGGACGACGUGCAAAAGCUCAUCUCGCUCAAGGACAGACCGGGCGUCCACUCCGUAACGGUCAUCACUGGCCCGGAGAACGGCGACUUCUACAACCUCCCUGGGGAGUAUGACGCCGAGAUGACGCGCCACGCGAAAGUGUUGGCAGAUGCUGGUAUCAGACUAGUGGAUCCUUUCCCCUUGCUUGGGGCUACGGACCGACCUGACGGCUUCCACACUUCGCACACCCCUGAGAAUGCGAGCCGCACAGUGCAAUGGUAUAGGUCGCUGGUGUCGGGAACAGUCACCGACCGCAUGAUUUGCGACCUACGCCCUGAGUUUGUUGCCAACCGCCGAGAGGUGGUUUUCUAUGAGCACUACCAUCUCAACCGUCCUGAUGACCGCUUGACUGUUCCCCCCUCUCUCGAUCUGACGGUAAGGCUCGAGGAGCAUGGCGACCAGGAUGCCACCCAAGAAGAAGUUGAUCUGGCCAACGCUCUGGGCGUUUUCGCUCUUGAUCUUGGCAUUGAUCGCACCUCGGAAGAGGUUGCAGCCACUACUUCAAAGACUUUCAAGAGGGUGGAGGAGCUUACUCCAGAGGAGCUCCAAAAGAAUGUCGUAUAUUCCGUCCCCAGAGGCAGCGUCGGAAUCCAGAAUAUGAUGCGGGAGAUGUCCAUUGAAACCGGCGGCCAGCCGCCUAUUCUCCCCAAGGCACCACCUACUUCGAAGGCCUCGGUGAAGGGAAGCGGGCCAAAGGCGGCUCCACCACUUAUGAAGCUUGAAACGAAAGCACCGCCUGUGCCUCCGCAACAAAGUGCGGGAGCUUCAUCUUCAUCGUUUAUGCGCCCCACGGAAGUGGUUGGCAAGUCAUCAUCUCAGACUCCAACACAGCCGGUGCAAGCACCGCCGCCCAAGAAGAUGCCGGUCGCGAAGCCAGCUGCUGAAGCUUCGCCUCCCGGAAGGGACGGCUCGUACUGGUUGAAGGGAACCGACUUGCCUCCCCUUUCAGAGUACGUGAGGCCCAUGUCCGACAACAAGAAGGUCUCCGAAAUCCUUGAGACCAUCAAGACUCCCGUGGAUGGCAAGGCUCGAUAUGAAGUCUACAUCAACCGCAUUUCUGAUGAUGAAUUCGACAUCCUACGAGUUCGGGCACUACACGGGCAUGCUGCCCAGUUGUUGUCCGACCAGAUGGACAUCAAAGAUACACAUCAGGCGGUGCACACAUUUGUGCCAUGGGACGCCAGUCUAGCGACUCGGCCCAAAAUCACGUCCACGGCUAUGUUCUGCCAGGAGUACGAGAACUUCCCACACAAGCUUGGUUACCACGGCACGUUCCUGCGCAACUUCGCCAAUAUCGUCCAGUACGGUUUGUUGCCGGGUGGGAUGUCGCUACACGAAAGUGGAAGCAGAGCUUUUGUGAUGAUUGCUCCUCAGCCAGAGUGGCAGCGGCAGAACAACGCCGGACUUCGAGAGAAGGCCGAAAUCGAGUUCGUUAUCGAUCUGCAGAUGGCAGUGAGGGACGGGCUGCGACUCCUCGAGACCCGGUCGGGAGCUUUAGAGACACCGGAUUGGGUCUCCAACCGAUACCUUGUCUAUGCUUACCGACGUGGUUCCGCUGAGCCGAUAUGGGUCAACCCGGUAUAUCAAGCAUUGAGGGUCCGCAUCGACAAGGCACUCAAGGCUUUCCGGGAGAGAGGGGAGGUUGCAUACACGUAUGACCCGGUCCCCGAGGAUAUGUACGAUCG